AUGACUGUGAAGCCUAAUGCAGGGGACAUCGACUUCCCCAAGCGGUUGUCUCUGGUAAGCGGAGGUUCGCAGGCUAAAGAUGUUGAAGGCGCCUACGCCGGUAACAAAACGCCCGAGGGUGGCGCGCUACGCGAAGGUGGGAUGCCCGUGCUCACCAGCAAGGAGAACAUCGGUCUUCUCUUCCAAUACGUCGUCGUCGGUCUCGUGUACGGUCUGCUACCCGGGACCAUCUACCCGUUCAUGCAGAACUAUCUCAAUUGUUCCGGAGCGCAGGUGACGGCAGCCAGCCAACUUGUCGUACUACCCUGGAGCUUCAAAGUGUUCUACGGCAUCCUAUCAGACUGUCGACCGAUUUGUGGUUACCGUCGUCGUCCGUACAUGUUGAUUGGUUGGGGCCUCUGCUUCCUUAUGCUGUUGAUCAUGUGUAUUAUGCCCAUUGGUAAGCCGUACUUCACCGUCCCCUCUGAUCGUGACGUUGACGUCGCGGACUACACACCUGAGAUUGAAGCUCGUAUCAACCACAGCGCCCCGGACGAAGGUGCCAAGUAUGUCAUUAUUAUGCUGUUUUGUGCAGUUGGCUACGUGCUAUCCGAUGUCUGUGCCGACGCAAUUACGUGUGAGUUGGCGCAGCGGGAACCGAUCGAUAAACGUGGCAAGACCCAGUCCUGUAUCUACACGGUUAGAACUGCGAUGGUGAUCUUCGGUGAGAUCCUGGUUGGAUUCUUUUUUAACGGCGAAGACUACGGUGGUGACUUCGACUUUUCCCUCAGCUUUCCGCAGUUGAUGAUCAUUGUCGCCGUGCUCACACUUCCAGUGUUCCCCAUGACGUGGUUCUUCAUCAAGGAGGAGAAGUCGGAAGCUGCCAACGUUGGAGAAUACAUCAAGAACUUCUGGGAGCUGCUGUGCUCGCGCGCUAUGUACCAGAUCAUCGCCUACAUCUUCUUUUCCGGCAUCUUCGCCAACAUCACUUACACCGGUAGCUCUCCAGUGGCGUCGAAGAUGGUGGGGGUUACUCCAAUCAACAGCACGUUGAGUGAUAUCCUUGGUAACCUCCUCUUCGCUGCCGGUAUCAUGAUCACAUCCAAGUGGGGUCUACACUGGAACUGGCGCUGGAUGACCGUUGCAACCGGAGCCGUAGUGAUCAUUGUGGACUGUACGGUCUCGCUUCUCGUGAUUUGGGACGUUUUCCGUAGCCAGUGGUUCUGGUUGGGCCCCCCUAUUGCUGUACAGCUCCCGUACGGCGUUGGGUGGAUCAUCUCGAGUUUCUGCGUCGUUGAGCUCGCUCAAAUCGGUAACGAGGCCGCGGUCUACGGUCUCAUCACGACAGUGAGCAACGUCGCACAGCCUUUCGCUACAUCGAUCACCCUCGCAAUUGACAGUCCCUUCAACGUUACCAACGAGCGCGUGCAAGCUGACACCCACUCAGUUCGCCUUGAUAUCACAUACACGAUCAUCAUUAUGUACGCAAUGACCAUUUUCUCGUGGGUCUUCCUGUUCCUGCUGCCACCGCAGAAGGCUGAAACGCAGGAACUGGUGCGCAAGGGAGGACACAGCAAACUUCUGGGUGGAGUGACAGUAUUCUACCUAAGCUUCUCGCUUGUGUGGUCCAUCAUGACCAACAUUAUGGCCAUGUUCGAUAGCACGUCAUGCUUGAUCAUCGCAGGAGGUACCGGUUGCUAA